AUGGCCGCCGCAAUGCAAGAUAAUAGUUAUUAUACAAAGAUUCUUCUUGAAAAAGGUAGCGAUUAUUCAAUGAUUGAUUCUAAUGGAAACAGUUGUUUGAUGUUAGCCUGCGCUGCAGGUAAUGCAGAGAAUGUUAAAAUGAUUAUAGCAGCUGGUGAAGAUGUUAAUAGAAAGAAUAAAAAAGGUCAAACAGCACUUUGUUUUGCAGCUAAAAAUAACAGAACUGAUGCUGCAAUUGAGUUACUUGGAAGGGGAGCCGAAAUCGGAAACUCUUUGAAAUAUUCAAAAACGAAGGAAAUGUCUGACCUUAUAAACUUAUAUAUCAGUCAAAGAAAUUGA